AUGUUGUUCCGUGGCGUCGCAGCCGCCUUGCUGCUCCUCAAAGGCACUCUUGCCACCGUUCCGCCCAUUGAAAUCAAAGGCUCCAAAUUCUUCUAUUCCAACAACGGAACCGAGUUCUACAUCCGCGGAAUAGCCUACCAGGAGGGCUACAGCGGCGGAGGAGCUACUGGCACUGGUCAGACCAGCGAUGCUGGCUACGUCGACCCUCUUUUCAAUAUCACCACCUGCGAGCGCGACAUUCCCUAUCUCACCCAACUGCGCACAAACGUCAUUCGCACCUACACCGUGGACCCAACCGAGAACCAUGAUGCCUGCAUGCAGGCGCUCGCCGAUGCCGGUAUUUAUGUCAUCACUGACCUGGCUUCGCCCGAUAUUUCUAUCGAGGCCAACUCGCCCGUUUGGACCGUCGAUAUCUACGACCGAUACACCGCUGUCGUUGAUGCAUUCCAGAAGUACGACAACGUGAUUGGUUUCUUUGUCGGCAACGAGGUUGUCAACAGGCCAAACCAGACCGAUGCCGCCGCCUUUGUCAAGGCUGCUGCUCGGGAUAUCAAAUCCUACAUCAAGGACAAAAGUUACAGGAGCUCGCUUUCGAUCGGCUACGCAACAACUGAUCAGUCGGAUAUCCGGGAUAACCUGUCGGACUAUCUCAACUGUGGAGAUCAGAGCGACGCUAUCGACUUCUUCGGCUACAACAUCUAUGAAUGGUGCGGUGACCAGACGUACCAGUCAUCAGGAUAUGAAGCCCGUACCGAGGAGUACAGAAACUACUCUAUUCCCGUCUUCUUCUCGGAGUACGGCUGCAACACCGUGAAACCCCGCAAGUUCACCGAUGUCCCCGUGCUCUUCGGCCCCCAGAUGGACGAUGUUUGGAGCGGCGGUAUUGUCUACAUGUACUUCGAGACCCAGAACGACUACGGACUUGUUUCCGUGGACGGCAACUCCGUGUCCACCGAAGUCGAUUUCGGCUACUACUCCAAGGAAAUCCAAAGCGCGACACCCAGCGGCACCAACAGCGCUAGUUACUCCCCGACGAACUCCCCGCGCGCCUGUCCCACUGUCGACGACAGCUGGAUCGCAAAGUCGAGUCCUCUUCCCCCGACUCCUAACUCGCAGCUCUGCUCCUGUAUGGUAUCCAGCUUGUCCUGCGUGGUCAGCGAUUCAGUCGAUUCAACCAAGUACAGUGAUCUCUUUGGCGAAGUUUGCGGAUACGGAGCGGACAUCUGCGAAGGUAUUGCGCACAACGCAACCACUGGAACCUACGGUGCCUACAGUGUCUGCAGUAGCAAGGACCAGCUGUCUCAGGCAUUCAACCGCUACUACGUGAGCCAGGGUAAGAGCAGCAGCGCAUGCGACUUCAAGGGAUCUGCCAAGGUUCAGUCGGCCUCGUCUCCAUCGGGUGAUUGCAAGGCUCUCGUUAGCCAGGCCGGUGGCACUGCUGGAACGGGUACCGUCACUUCCAAUCCCACUGCAACAUCCGCCAGCAGCUCCACGUCCAAGGGUGCGGCCGCCAGCCUUGGUGGCUCUGCCGUCUUUGUGAACAGCUGGUUGUCGAUGGCAUCCCUUGUCGGGGCUGUGGUGACGGGCGUCCUGAUGAUGGCACUCUAA